GUACACCAGGCGUUGGAAAAACCACACUAGGCAAAGAACUUGCAUCAAGAUCGGGGCUGAAGUACGUUAAUGUUGGAGAUCUAGCUCAAGAAGUCUGAUCACCGGAUAUCAUGGAGUCUGGCAAGAUGGCGUCUCCCAAGAGCAUGCCGAAAGAUGCACAGAUGAUGGCACAAAUCCUGAAGGAUAUGGGGAUUACAGAAUAUGAGCCAAGAGUUAUAAAUCAGAUGCUGGAGUUUGCCUUCCGAUAUGUGACCACAAUUCUAGAUGAUGCUAAGAUCUAUUCGAGCCAUGCUAAGAAAGCUACUGUGGAUGCAGAUGAUGUCCGAUUGGCAAUCCAGUGCCGUGCUGACCAGUCUUUCACUUCUCCUCCCCCGAGAGAUUUUUUAUUAGAUAUUGCAAGACAAAGAAACCAAACCCCUUUGCCAUUGAUCAAGCCAUAUUCAGGUCCUAGAUUACCACCUGAUAGAUAUUGCUUAACUGCUCCAAACUAUAGGCUUAAGUCUUUACAAAAAAAGGCACCUACUCCUGCAGGGAGAAUAACAGUCCCAAGGUUAAGUGUUGGUUCAGUUUCUAGUAGACCAAGUACUCCCACACUUGGCACACCAACCCCACAAACCAUGUCAGUUUCAACUAAAGUGGGCACUCCGAUGUCCCUCACAGGGCAGAGGUUUACAGUACAGAUGCCUGCUUCUCAGUCCCCUGCUGUAAAAGCUUCCAUUCCUGCAACGUCAGCAGUUCAGAAUGUUCUUAUUAAUCCAUCGUUAAUUGGGUCCAAAAACAUUCUUAUUACUACUAAUAUGGUAUCACAAAAUACAACCGAGUCAGCCAAUGCACUGAAAAGAAAACGUGAAGAUGAUGAUGAUGAUGAUGACGAUGAUGAUGAUGACUAUGAUAAUUUGUAAUCUGGCCUUGACGCAUGUAACCUGUAUUCUUGGUCUUGGAUCCAUUGUACUGAAAUCUAAAAGGCAUGUUAGAUGUUUUGAAGCUGUACUUUAGAAAGUAGUAUUUAAUAAGUAUACUUACUAUGCUUUUUGAUUUAAAUGUUCAGUUUUACUAGAACUAGUAAUGGUUUUUCAUCAACCUUUAUGCAUAAAAAAUAAAAUUGUCCUUACCAA